ACAAGCGCUCGUUGAAAGCAACUAAAGGCACUUUGGCAACACAGAAGAAACCAACUAUGCUGAAGAACGAAGAAACAAGUUUCAAGGUGGAGGCUGCGCGAGCACCUCCCUUCUCCCGCUGCCUGCCUGCCCUGAGCCCUGUCCCCAAGCUCCACCGACCGGCUCCGUUCGCUGAGGAGUUCAGGCCGCACCUCUCCCACUUCCGCUAUGGUCCUCCUCCGCUGGCAGACAUGGAGACCUUCCAGGGCUCACUGGAGGGAGGGUCUCGGAAGCGCAAGAGCAUGCCAACCAAAAUGCCUCCUCCUGAGGGCUCCUCGUCACCACCACGCAGACCUGAAGACCAUCAUGAUCUCAGCUCUGCCAGUCUCCCCAUGAUGUUUCAGCAGCCGGCAGAGCCCAAGUACAGUUCCCAGAUGAUUGACCUCUGCAACUUCGGUUUCCAGUUCUACAGGACGUUGGAGCACUUUGGAGCCAAGYCCAUCAAGCAAGAAGCCGUAAAACCAAACGUGGCCUGGCCCAGUAGCCCGGCAUUCAUGCAGGCUCCUUACUCGUACUAUCCUAAAGUCCAUCCUGGCUUAAUGCUUCCUUUCCUUGUGCCCCCGAACUUUCAUUUCAGGAAUGCCUUUCAAAUGAAACGGCCUCCAGAGCCAUCCUUCAGGAGGGCUGAAGUGAGAGAAAGCAGUGAAACCAAACAGAAAGUGGAAAGAGUGGACGUGAACCUCCAGAUAGACGACAGCUAUUACGUUGACGUGGGGGGUGAGCAGAAGCGCUGGCAGUGCCCCAUGUGCGAGAAGUCCUACACCUCCAAGUACAACCUGGUGACGCACAUCCUGGGGCACAGCGGCAUCAAGCCGCACGCGUGCACACGCUGCGGCAAGCUCUUCAAGCAGCUGAGCCACCUGCACACGCACAUGCUGACGCACCAGGGCACCAGGCCGCACAAGUGCCAGGUGUGCCACAAGGCCUUCACGCAGACCAGCCACCUCAAGAGGCACAUGAUGCAGCACAGCGACAUAAAGCCCCACAACUGCCGGAUCUGCGGCCGGGGCUUUGCCUACCCCAGCGAGCUGAAGGCGCACGAGUCGAAGCACGAGAGCGGCCGGGAGAACAUCUGCGUGGAGUGCGGCCUGGACUUCCCAACGCUGGCCCAGCUGAAGAGGCACCUAACGACGCACCGCGGCCCCGUGCAGUACAACUGUACCGAAUGUGACAAGACCUUCCAGUACCCCAGCCAGCUGCAAAACCACAUGAUGAAGCACAAGGACAUUCGGCCCUACAUCUGCACCGAGUGCGGCAUGGAGUUUGUGCAGCCCCACCACCUCAAGCAGCACUCCCUGACGCACAAGGGUGUGAAAGAGCACAAAUGUGGAAUUUGUGGCCGGGAAUUUACUCUGCUGGCCAACAUGAAGCGACACGUCCUGAUCCACACCAACAUCAGAGCCUAUCAGUGUCACUUGUGCUUCAAGAGCUUUGUGCAAAAGCAGACUCUCAAGGCCCACAUGAUCGUCCACUCCGAUGUCAAACCCUUUAAAUGCAAGCUGUGUGGAAAGGAGUUUAACAGGAUGCACAAUUUAAUGGGCCACAUGCACUUGCACUCAGACAGCAAGCCUUUCAAGUGCCUCUACUGCCCCAGCAAAUUCACCCUGAAGGGCAACCUCACCAGGCACAUGAAAGUCAAACAUGGAGUUAUGGAAAGAGGAUUGCAUUCACAAGGUUUUGGAAGAGGAAGAAUYGCUCUGUCCCAGACCACCGUCUUAAGAAGCUUGGAACAGGAAGAGCCCUUUGAUCUUUCCCAGAAAGGCCAAGGGAAGGGAGCCGCGUUUCACUCGGAUGGCGAGAGCGCCAAGGGCAGCUCGUGCCAGGAGGAGGAGGAGGACAACAGCUCGGAGGCCGGGCAGUACAGCCCGCGCAGGGCCCGCCGCGCCAGCUGCGAGCUGCACGUGCCCGGCAGAGCGGAGCACGCCGGCACGGACGCCAGGGAGCCCUGCGGCACCCAGGGGCAGCAAGCGCUGACCGAGGGAGGACUCGCAAAGAGCGCUGCGGAUUCGCGCAGGCCGGAGGGCCCGAGCAGCAAAGAGCACCUCGGCUUGGGCAGGGUCGGCCCUUCUCUCGCUGAUUACCUGUAUUUCAAGCACAGGAACAAAAGUCUGAAGGAAUUACUGGAAAGAAAAAUGGAGAAGCAAGCAAUGCUUAUAGGUAUUUGAAAGGACAACGUCUUAAAUCAGCUGGCAAAUGGAAAGCAGGCAGCUUAUAGCGUGAUUUGUAUGUUACCAGAAACUGGAAGUUGGUAGCAGCUUUUAGAGAUGAACAAGCCAAAUCAAUAAAGAUAAUUUAAGGUAAAGUAUGUACAUUCAAGGACUAAAGCAGGUCAAGGGCAUCAAGAAAGGCAGUAGGUAUGAAACAAUAACAUUUUUAUACUUACUCAUUUGAUGUAUAAGGAGCAGGAUUUACUUUCCUUUAUCUGGAGUGUUAGAGACUUGUAAGAAGUUUUCUAGUUAUCAAAAAAGCAACAUACUUUAGCAUUUGAUUUAUUAUGUAAGUAGAUGAGAACACUUCUAACCAUAGGUCUCACAAAUCCAAACAUACUAAGCACUUUGCAAUAUAAGCAAGAUUUCUGUUAAAUAUGUUGGUGCGCAUGAAAGCUCGGUCAGUCUCUGAAGUAAUGCAAUCCAGAUAUUUUGUU